UUCAGAUGGGUAGUGUGGAAUACGUUUACGAAUGCGUAUACUUGCCUGUGGAUAACGCAGAGGAUAAAGAUGGGAAACAUACAGAAAGUAUAGAGACUUUAAAUAUUCUGUUCUCUUUGGCGGAAGAUCAAUAGUUGAAGAUUUCUGCUUACACAAUCUAUUCCUUGACAAUAUAAUAAUUAAGAGAUCUGCUGAUAAUGUACGCUAUUGAUAGCCAUUUCAACUUCAGUUAAGGCUUGGUAAAUUUAGUAGGUAAUUUAGACUAAUAUAAAGGAGCUUUGGGUAUUCUGGAUAAACUGAUAGCUAGGCAAGAUUAUUAAACUUCAUGAUUGGCUCCUGAUGAAGUGAACUCUGAAUUUUUCAAAAUAAUAUCAGUAGGUAUUUAAAAUACAAGACUACAUUUUAAAUGUGCACAUCUGAAAUUUGACUACCAAAAAAAGCGUGUAUCUUUUGAGAAGACCAAUUAAGGAAUCAUUAUAUGAUGGUAAUCUGUGUUGCACCCAUUCGUAAUAAACAGUUUCAUGAUGCCAGGCACUCUAAAUUUUCUGACAGUGUAUUACACCAAUAGGGGGGGUUGAUUUCUAUUUUACACAUGGAUUUUUUUUUUUUAAAUUAUUAAAUGUAAUGGCUAUCCCAUGUAUAAUAUAUACAUGAAUUGAUUGAUAUUAAUUAUUACCCAUGAAAUUUUAAUAAUGUGUUUAAACAGUUGUAGCUUGGCUCUUCUGGUUUAUUUCAUUGCCUCAAGCUAUCUGAGACAGACAAAUCUUAAAAUUUUUUGCUUGUACAUUACUCCCUCUCUCUCUUCUUUCCCUGCUCUCCUUCGGUCUAAUUUAAGGCAGAGUAACUGCUGAGAAUACCUGUACGUGUUCAUGUGAAGAAAAACGCCCAUUUUAAAGAUGUACAAAUCUUCUUGGUAGAUGAGAGCAAACCUGUCAUGCCCUGUACAAAGAUAUGUUGAACUGGUAUUAAUAAGAUGCUUGUUUUGAUAUUAGUUUGUGAUGCCAAACAACAAACAUGAGAGAAUGGAAGGAUAAAGCUGGUGCUCCGAUCUUUGUUUAAACAGGUCAUGGUUUUUACUUAAUGCUGUGUGCUUAUUACAGAAACUGUCAGCAGGAAUGUAAAGCGGACUGGAGUCCUGAUUUGGCAUACAUAGCCAAUUCUGACAUUGAUGUUUUUGCUUCAUGAGCUAAUGGUUCAGAGAAUAUAAGAGUUGUUUGUGAUGUAUUUAUUUAAUUGAAAUUAUUAUACAGAAUUACAAAAACUCUCUGGAUUAUAGCAUUUUAGGAACCAAUUAUGAUCAGAUCUGCUGCCUCAGGUGCAGUCCUCCUCACCUGAAGAGUGGGCUCUUCCGUAUAGUAGAACAUGUAGAGGUGUAUAAAAAGGUGACUGUUUUUGGAGUUGCCUAGAGUUCUGCCACCGAAUUAUACGGAAGAAGACUCAAAUCCCCUGAAACGAGGUAACUGCUUAGUCCAUUAUCCAGGCAGUUUGUUUUUUUGAGACAUAAGGAGACGAUAUCAAAUAAUUAAAAAAGGCAUUUAUAAUUGAGAAUUUUACUAUUUUUGUGCAUGAAAAUGGUUUUCAUCUCAAAUAAUUAAUAUGCACAGCAAAGAUAAAACAAUCCAUUUGAUUCUUGCUGAACCUUGUACUGAAGAAUUUAGAGAGGAUGUGUAAGGUAAUCUGAGGGAAGAGCCUUUUCACAUAUUCCUGCUACAUUAAGAUAUAUUAGAAUAAUACAAUAUACAGUUUGAGCUCUCAGAAUAAGACAAAGUGUAGUGCUGGAAACUUUAAUUUGGAUGUUCUGGAUUGUACACCAGUUUUGAUUCUGUGAUCAUUGCCCGUAGGUAAAUUGGGUCUGUGUGAGAGUGUCUGAGAUUAAGGUGGUUUCUAAUUGUGAUUUCUAACUUAAAUACAUGUGUCUGUUUCGAUUUUGGAUAUUCUAGGUUAUGUGUCAAAAAAGAAGCAAGGUUAUUAAUUUAAGAGGGUCCUUUAAGGUCACUGGACUGUUAUCCUUUGACUUCCCAUUAGAAAGUAAUCUUUUCAGGCUGAUGUUACUACAGGUAAAAUAAGAUGUGAAUGUAAUGCUUGGGCAAGGUUGCAGAAUGACAGUGUGGUGUAAGAUCCAUUGCAGAAAGGAGCAGAGCUGUUAUGCUAAUGGCUAUUCACCUGCUUCUGCAGUGGCCACCUCCGGAGGUUAAAGCAGUUCAUUCUUUGUGACUGCUCACUGCUUGACCUCAUUGUUGAAACUGUCAACAAGUGUGACAGUUGUGCUGUGAUUUGAUAUGACAGUGGAAAUUGUAUUAGAAUUAACAAAUAACCAUCACAGCAUAUAUGUAGUAACUUGCAGUCAUAAAUGAUGUGGGAUUCAUUACACUAACUUAAAUACAAAAUGCUUAGCGUUUUCCAUUCAGUCACUAUCUAAAAUGCUAUUAUUUGCCGUGGGAGUAAGACUGAGUUCGUAAUGUCAUUUAAAUAUGCUGUAUUGUGUGUGAUACUAAUCUAUUUCAGUGAAGAUCAUUCCCAUUUCAGUGUUCUAUUUUGGCUUUGAAACUGGUUUUAUGGGAAUCUUGCUGGGGUACUUUUAAGUUUUGCUUGCAAAUACUUGAAGAUUGAAUCAGAUCAAUGUUACAUCCAUGGUGCGAUAUUUUUUUUUUUUAAAUUUAAUUUAGCACAGUGUGUGAUAACAGUUGGACUUGAUUAUCUUAAAGGUCUUUUCUAAACUAAAAUAUUCUGUGAUUCUAUGACUAUGGAUAGCCAUACUAAUAUUAAUGUGAUAAGGACUUGUCGUCUUUUUUACACAGAUUCAGAGGAGUAAUAUAUAUGUAUAAUACAUUUCAGUUGCAAGUGUUUGCCCUUACUUGUUAUAUAUUUUUAAUUUCUAAAUUUCUGCUAAAACCAAGAUUACGAUAUUUAGCAUAUAUAACUUUUCUGAAAGCUAUUUUUUAUGCAGCAUGCCUUCUCGAACUUUUAAAUUUAGUUCCUCUGCCAUAUAGCCAGUCCAGCUUCCCUUAUGGCAGGUGAGGGUCUUGCCAUUCAAGCAAAGACUGAAGCCAGCAGAGCAGCUGUAGAAGCAGCAUACGAAGGAGACUGACGGUUACUGAUAUUUUUGAUGGUUUUUUCUCUGCCUUUUCCUAAUUGGCUGUUUUGCUGAAGCUCCCUCUUUGCCAGCUCUUGCAGUCGAAUCACUUAGCUUAACGUGCUGUAUAGCUCAAACAUCCUGCAUGCCACUUUAUUUCUUAUCACCUUUUUCCUCCGCUCACUGAUGCUACUGUAUCAUAUUCUCUCUGCUUUUGUCUUUUGUGAUGCUAAUCCCAUUUAUUUUUUCCUUCUGUGUAAAAGAAAAUGGAAGGAGCGUAGUGCUCUGCCAUUGCACUGAUCAUUUCUCUGCGUUGAUGUGUUGUUUUUCUCCCAUAUCCUUUGUUGAGCUUCUGGAGACUGUAAGCCCUUUGGGGCAGAGACUCUCUGUUACUGCAUGGUUGUACAGUGCCUAGCAUAGUUUGCUGUUGGAUUUCGCUUGGUCUGUUGGACACUCAUGUAAUAAUAAAUAGUAACACUGGGAUUAUUUCAACUUUGUGGGACAACCUUUCUUCUGGUUCUUCGGCAGGAAACAAAAAAAUGCCUUGCUUGGAGCUUAUCUUUGCUGUAUUGCUGUUCUGAGGUAUAUCUCAGUUUGUCUCCCCUCAACACUUUGUCCCUAGCGUGAGUAGUUUUUGGUAAAGUUCAAGAUACCUUGCCUGUUGCAGCAGGGGUGGGAUGGAUUAAAACUCAGCUACUGCCAGUAGUUAACAAUCUACUACCUUGAACAGGAACCAAAACAAAAAAAAUGUCAGCUUCAACACAUUUCAGUGGAAACGUCAGAUUUGGCAACACCAAAAAAAUGUUCUGGUUUUCCCAGGUCGAUGAAGUAAGGCAGAAGGGAAAAGAAAUCCCAAAAAUAGAAUAGUGUGUUCAUUUCACUACUUUGAUACUUUCCUCCUAAGUAUUUUCUCAUUUUUAUUUCCCUUUACCUUUCAGCCCUGAACUCUUUGGCUUUGUUUUAGCUUCUUGUGUGUCACGUGAAAAUUUGUAGUCGGUCCAAAUGAAAUCUUCAAAAGAGUUUUUCAAGCAGCCAGAAAAUCAGCUGAUGUGCAGUGCAUACAGCUCGGAGUCACAGUUCGGAGGCAGCCAGCCCAGUCACCAAGCAGCUAUUCCUGUCACUUGGCACAGCCUGCGCCGAGCGUGUUUUGCAGUGUGAUAGCUUCCACCUGAGCUAGCCUAGCUGCCACGGACUACCGUUUUUGAAGAGGAGUGAGCCGAUUAGGUAAGGAGAUGUCAUGGUCUUCUUCCGUCGAUGUAGGAAGAUAGCAGAUAUGAUUGCCUGAAGAAGCUGAACUACACAGUGCAAGCAUGGCUUUCGCCCAGUCGCACAUUAUGGCAGCUAGAAGGCAUCAGCACAGUAGACUCAUAAUUGAAGUGGAUGAGUACAGCUCCAACCCCACACAGGCUUUCACGUUCUACAACAUUAACCAGGGACGUUUUCAGCCCCCACAUGUGCAAAUGGUUGAUCCGGUGCCCCAUGAUGCUCCCAAACCUCCAGGAUACACACGAUUUGUCUGUAUUUCUGAUACUCACUCAAGAACUGAUCCCAUCCAAAUGCCAUAUGGAGAUGUGCUAAUACAUGCUGGUGAUUUUACUGAGCUGGGACUUCCGAGUGAAGUAAAAAAAUUCAAUGAGUGGCUAGGUAGCCUGCCCUAUGAAUACAAGAUUGUGAUAGCAGGAAAUCAUGAAUUGACCUUUGACCAGGAAUUCAUGGCUGACUUAAUCAAGCAGGACUUUUACUAUUUCCCCUCUGUUUCUAAGCUGAAGCCAGAGAGCUAUGAAAAUGUACAGUCUCUUCUAACAAACUGCAUCUAUCUUCAAGACUCUGAAGUGACGGUGAGGGGAUUCAGAAUAUAUGGCUCCCCUUGGCAACCUUGGUUUUAUGGCUGGGGCUUUAAUCUUCCACGAGGCCAAGCACUAUUAGAGAAAUGGAACCUUAUUCCAGAUGGAAUAGAUAUUCUUAUAACACAUGGACCACCUCUCGGUUUUCUAGACUGGGUUCCUAAGAAAAUGCAACGGGUAGGAUGUGUUGAGCUGCUGAACACAGUCCAGAGACGAAUACAGCCAAGGCUUCAUGUUUUUGGACAUAUCCAUGAAGGUUAUGGUGUCAUGGCUGAUGGAACUACUACCUAUGUGAAUGCAUCUGUGUGCACUGUGAAUUACCAGCCGCUUAAUCCACCUAUAGUUAUUGACUUACCUACUCCAAGGAACACAUGAUUAUAAUGAGGAUUUAAAGUUGUGCCCAACACAUUAGCAACUUUAUAUUGCUGGCUGAGAAUCCCAAUAGGGAACCAUUCAAGAAAAAAGCGAAAACCUUCUUCUUUUUUCCCUGCUAGCUCUUCACAGUUAAAUUUUGAGUGACAAAUGUGGAUGAGGAACAAAGACAUUUUGGUACCAGAAGGAGAUUAGAGACUUUAACAUUUCACCAUUAAAAUAUUUGUGAACGCAGAAAAGUGAAUGCAUUCCACAUAAAUAUAUAUAUAUACAUAUACAUAUAUAUAUAUAUCUUAAGUAGGGACUUUUGUAUAUACCAUGCAUUAUAUUGGACUUAUUAAAAGAACAGUGUCUUUUAAAGGAGUGUUUCUUUGAGAAAGUUUGCGGUUUAAACUUAAGUGUUUAGACUAGGAUUUCCUCAUUUCAGAUGUUUCCCAGUGAGCUCUUGGUAAAAGAAAAAUGAUGGUAAAGAUGUUUUCCCGUAAUUAACGUGGCAAAUAUAAAAGAUGGUUCACGAAUGACCAGUCACAGGAGGAAAGCUAUUGCUUCAAGUCCUCCAGGUCUAAGUCUUUGCAUCUAUUCAAGCCCAAUGCCAUAGAGGCCCUAAUUCACUGUACUGAAAUCAAGUUUUACUACAUCUGGCAUUACAGAUGGUGAGGGAAAUGGCGCAUAUUGCUGGCAUGCUGUAAACAGCUCAACAUUCAAGAAGGGAGACUGUGUUAAGUGCAGUAUAAACUCAGGAAUUUGUAACCUGGACUCGCCUGUGAAAAAAAGGAUGACAUUUCCCUUAACAAAAAAAAGGAAAGAAAAAAAUAUUACUGUGUUUUCAUAUGGUAAGGCGAUACCUGAUUGUAUGUAAAAAGCAAAAAAAGAAACCAAACCAACAACCCACAAAAGACCCACCCAAUGUUCAGUAGUGGUAUUUUAAAUAAAACCCACUGGGACUAUUUGUUUAAAGCAUGUUAAUGGGACUUGCAGCCAACGGUGAGAUUACUGGUUUGAAUUUGGCCUCAGUCAGAAGUGAUUACAUGUCAUUGUGAUCCUUUGUCCUUGGGGAACACUACGGAUGUCAAGCAGAAGGAGUCACCUCCAGGUGGAGUUUGGGCGUUCGCUUCUUGGUAGCUGGGUAGUAGCUACGUAAGUGCGAUGAGUGACGUGUUCACGCCUGUGGGUGCAGAGCAGGGGCCGCCUCACAAAACCUGUCGCUGAUGUUUGACCGCUCAUGGACGCUGCUGAGAGAGGCCCAAGACAAAAUCAUCAAUCGAGUUGAAACCCGUCUGUCGUGUUGCAUGUGACGCCAGGCAAAGCGGGGGACGUGUCAGGAGCUGGCUGGGAUGGUCGCCGCUAGUACUGCCCGUGCAGCUUUCCUGCAGGUUAACAGAGGUGUUGAAGCUGCUGGGAUUUCAGUCCCAUCCUAGGCAGAAGCUUAAGAACUCAUUACAAACACACACACACACACACAAAAAAAAAGUGCUUCAGACGUGCCCUACAAGAAAUGGGUUUCUGCCUUGAACUAACAAACAUUUCCAUGCUCCAAGAGGAGCCUGGAUGGAGGUAGUUUAAGUGCGGUAUUCCAAACGUAGACAUCCUGAAUUCGGGGCUGAUGGCCUCUAGAUAUUAAAUCUUGUUCACACACGUUGGGCAUAUCAUCGCACUACCAAUACAGGGUUGUUAGCAGGUCUGUGCACAGCCCGCAUCUGCACAAGCGCAGUGGAUAAUUGUGUAUGUUACUUUUUGCCUGAUACAUGGGUGUAAAUGUGAGCUUCACGUAGCAGCAGCAUGUACUUCAUAUGCAUACACAAUUUAAAAUACUUGGGUUGCAAAACCAGGCUAUAUCGGCCUCAACUCUAAGCGAGGCAGGCAGAAACAUUGCUGCUGCGAGCAGUGGCAUUCAAGCCCAGAAACUAACUCGCACUGGGGACCCACCAGAAACCACCAGACCACCAGAGAACAUGACAAGUCGCAGGUCUGUCAUUUCUUGUAAGCUGUUGAGUCUAAAGUAACGUGCUGCUUUUUCCUGAAACAAAACCCGAACCAACUGCCGGUGUCCUGCAGCUGGUUUUUGGGUGAAUAGUUCACAAGCGCAUGAGCAGUCUGCCAUGAAUUCAGAUGGGGCCACUUUUGUCAAAACUACUGGUGUAGAAAUAGCAGGAUCAGCUCCUAAAUCAUCAAGGACUGCAAUUCAUAGUUAAAUGCGAACAGCCGCCAUCAUUGGGAAGAUGAGCAAUAGCGUGUAGUUAGAAUAAAAGUGUCUUAGCUAGUCACAAUUCAAGCAGUUUGAAACAAAUGUGGCAGGAAAUUGGCUGUAUGUUAAAGAGGUCUGAAAUGUUUACAUUCGCUCACGGCACUUAAGAGACUAAAAUGUUAAAGUGGGGGGAAGAGGUCUUUUUAUUAGCCUCAACAAAAUUUCUAUGUCGACCAUAAACUAUUCUCUUAAAAAUAAUUUUUCCUAAGGUAUCUUCAAAAUACUCUGUAUUUUUAUGUGGAAAGGAUACGAAAGCAGCUGUUACUUCAAAAUAUCAUUUAAAAUACUUGAGGUAUGAAAGCUUAAAGGUUAUUUAAUCAUUUUGGCAUAACUUGGUUGUUGUUGUAAUUUUUGGUCAAGCAUGUUAGACAAAUAAAGUCUUAAAAAAACCAAAACCAAACAAACAAAAAAUAAGGUCUCUUUAUAUCCACCUCAUGCAUUCAGCCCCAUGUCGGGGAAGCUGCCUGUCUUCUCCAGGUGUAGGAGCCAGCCGGUGGGACAUCAAUGUUGUUAUUGUGGCGGGCUGUGGGUCAGCUAGGGGGGCAGCUGGCAGAGGGGCUGGGGGCAGCGGGCAGAAGGGACCCUGGUCCAUCCAGCAGCUCCAGGCCACCACAUCUGCAGAAGGUAGCAAGCUGGAGCUUGGGGUUGCAGAGAGGGGGGGAAAACAGCGCCUGCUACCUCCAACUGAUGUAUUUUGGUGGGGGAAUAUGCCAAGUGUGUCUGCGACGCAGGGAAGAGCUAACGUGAGGGAGCGCUGCAACGGGGCUGUGGAGCAGCCAGGAACUGGGAUGCCCUCCUUUGGGAAGGGGCGGCAGUCGGGGGGAGAACGGUUCGUGCUCUGGGUUGAGUGUUAAGGACACAACCCUCACAGGGAGGUUAAGGCGAGGUGACUUCUUUUUAUUUUAACUGUGUGGGCCCAGUCAAGGCCUGGGCUUCUUGCCUCAAAUCUUCUUGCCUCAGAUCAGUGAGGCCAUGAAAAGGAAGGUUUCCAUGAAUGUUGGCCCUAUUUAAGUUCAGGGAUGUUCUCUCAAGUCAUUUCCCACCCCACCGCCCCACUGGUGACUUUCACUGAUACCUAUCUAGGUACCAUCACUCCCGAAGGUGUGCUGAUGUGUAUCACUAAUGCGUGCGUUCCCAUCACCAGGCAGAACUGUUACCGAGAUUAAUUGCAGUUAAUUUUGAUGACGAAUAGGGGAGAGAUCGCUGCAUGUCAAUGAAAAAAAGACAAGAUUAUUUUUACCUCUCUCAGUCACAUAUGGCUGAGGAUGUGAAAUGUUCCUUGACUACAAGGAAUGAGCAAGCUGAGACUUGGCACCCGCCUUUUCCCAGGCAGCCCUCACUCGCCGCAGCUACACCCCAGCCUGAGGAACUGGGUUUAGGUUUUCAGAUUAAGCUAUUUGGUAGCCCCUGAAGCCAGAGACCCCAAAAGUAUGGUGGUUUUCAAGGAAGUCGCUGCAGGGAACAUGGCUGGUGGCAGCAGCACGCCGGGCUGGCCCUGCCAGGUGCUCCAGCGGUGAGGCGGCUGUGGGGAGGGAAGGUGAACGUCCCCAUCCCUGGGUGAUGCAGGGGGACAGAGCGGGUGGGAACUGCUCUGGCCUUGCUGCAGGAGGGAGCCAGAGGGGAUCAGGAGAAGCAGUUCAUCUUCUCCAGUUGCUGAUUGCUGCAAAUAGCCAGUGUAAAUGCUGCAGAGGAGGAGGAACUUAGACGGCAAUUUUUGGACUAAUCUGCCCAAAGGGAUUUUGCCCCCUCCCAUUCAUUCUUAUUUGUGUGAGAAUUUCUCUCUUAAAACCCCACACUAUUGCUCACUGCUAAUGUAACUCACAUAUAGCAAAUAUAACUGCAAAUGAUCUUUUCUUUCAGGUACAUUCCUGUCCCUUUCUUGAAAGUCUCUCUGCAGCUGCGAUUUUAGUGAUAUUUUGGACCAGUGAGCUCCCUGGGUGAUUGUGCACAGUGCAUUAGAACAACAGGAUUUCGCUUAUCCUUGUUCGUGUGCUGCUGUUCGGGUUUAUUGACUGUCCCUUUGUUCUCUUUUUAUGUGAAAAGUGUAAAUAGGAGUACUUAUAUGUACCUUCUUUGUGCCAUUCGUUAUUUUGUAUACUGCCAUUAUGUUGCUUUUUACUCACUUUGUCUAGAAAUUAAAAUAAUUUCAAUUCUA